CUAGCAACACCUAGUAACAAACUUCCUUUCCUUGCUUGCCCUUUUCUUCACUUCCAUUCCCCUACUCCCAACCUACUUCUCCUUCAUAUUUCUUCUUUCUUUCCUCCAAUGGCGAUUUCUGCUUAAUUCCUAAUCCUGUAACCAGAAACUACUUCUGUUUCCUGCAAUAUAACCCCCACAAAAUUUCCAAAAUCGGACACACAAAAUGCUGGUGAAUUCAGAUAUGUACGAAGGAAGUGCUUGUUAUGAUCCUACUCUCAUCGAUCAUCAAGAGGACCAUGUCCACAACUUCAAUCAACCCAAUUUCUCCUCCAUUGAAGCAUCAACGGAUUAUCAGCUCAUCAACAUGGACAUGGAACACCAAAAUCAAAUCAUCCAUGACCUCAACUGGACAACUCAUUCUCAUGAUCAAAUUCAAAUCGGAAACGAUAACAAUUGUUUCCCAAACAUGCCUUUAAUCACUCCCAACCCAACCCCACCUGAUCUCCUUAACCUUUUCCAGUUACCCAGAUGCUCAAACUCAUCAAUCUCGUUUUCAAACCCGACCCACAUGGAUCAAAACUCGUAUGAUCCUUUACUUCCAUUAAACCUACCUCCACAACCUCCGUUCUUCAGAGAAUUGCUUCAUUCUUUGCCAAACGGGUAUAAUUUGACAGGCGGUGGGUCGAUAUUUGGGGAUAUGGAUAUGGAGAGAGAAGGUGUAAGAGGAGACCUUCAUCAGUUGUAUCAUGAAGGAGAUGGGAUUUUGAAAUUCAAUGGAGAAAUUAGUGGAAUCGUUGGAAAAGGAAGAGAUGUUAAAGAUACUAAACAUUUUGCUACAGAAAAGCACAGAAGACAACAAUUGAACGACAAAUUUGAUGCUCUGAAGAACUUAGUCCCAAAUCCCACCAAGGCGGAUCGAGCAUCUGUAGUAGGAGACGCAAUCGAAUACAUCAACGAGCUCAAAAGAACAGUGGAAGAACUGACGAUUUUGGUAGAGAGAAAGAGAUGCAAUCGAGGAAGGAUGAAAAAACACAAAGCCGAAGAUGAUUCGACAUUAGAUGUUGAGAGCAUCAGUACAAGGCCAAAUGGUGGUGGAGAUCACGAUCAACAAGCGUAUAAUGGUAAUUCGACUUCCACAUUGAGGAGUUCAUGGCUUCAAAGAAAAUCGAAGAACACGGAAGUUGAUGUUCGAAUCAUUGAUGAUGAAGUUACAAUCAAAUUAGUCCAACAAAAGAAGAUUAAUUGCUUGUUGUUCGUUUCCAAAGUUCUUGAUGAACUUCAAUUGGAUCUUCAUCAUGUCGCCGGUGGACUCAUCGGCGAUUUCUACAGUUACCUAUUCAAUACAAAGAUUUGUGAAGGGUCUUCCACACUAUGCAAGUAUCGCAUCAACUACGGGCUAUUAGUGACAAAAAAUGAUCUUGGCGUUGAGGAGGAGAGUUCUGGAAUAGCAUAAGUGGACGGAAGUUUUAGAUGACUUGGGAUUUUAGAUUAAUUAGUUAACACAACACACUACAAGCAGCUUUUUACUAAUUAAUUAUUAGAAAUAUAUAAUUAUUUGCGGUUCAAAAAAUAUAUAUAUUAGAAAUAAAGGUAGGGGCAGUUUGGACAACAACCAAGUUUUUAUUAUUUGGAUCAUAUUAUGAUAUUUGCUUAUUAAUUUUAAUAGGUAAUGUCAUGACAACAAAAGAUAUAUAAUUUAAUAUUUUGAAUACCU